AAUAUGUCAACGCAACUGAAAAUAAUUCUACAUUUCGAGUAAAAUAAAUUCUGGAAACUACAUUGAUUCCAUUUGUUCCGGGUAAAAGCUCUCGAAAAGCUCUUGUAAGCGUUUCGAUAGUUGGCUCCACAUCAAGAAUUGCUCAUCUCUGGCUGAAGUGUCCCCCAGUAUUUGCAGCCGGGCAGAUUCGCAUCAGUUUCCAGAGCGUUAUUGAGCAGCAAAGACCAACACAAUGCCCAUCGAUACGGGGGAGAUAAUAAAGGCCUUGGCUAUUUUGGCUGAACAUAGAAACAUUCAAGUGACAUUCAAAGAGUCGAUGAAGGGAGCGGCUAUUUGUGCAGCUGGGGCUUUGCUGGGCGGGCUCUUGGGAGGAGCCCGAGGCCUAUCUCUGGGCGGCGCAAUUGGUAGCCUCGCAGCCUAUGCAGUGACCGAAGGAAAAUUCAAGUCAUUGCGUGAAAUUAUUCUGGAAGAUUUGACGGAAAGUCAGAGGGCUGAACUGGAGCAGCAUGUGUUCAAUGCUGUGGCCGAUGUUGGCUACUCGGAUGUGCUAAGUAUUGGGGCUCUAAUAAUGAGUAAUGGACGUGUACAAGAUGUUGCACUUAACGUGCUCAAAUCGUUUGCCACCGAGCAGCUGGGUUAUACCAUCGUAGACUGAACCUCUCUGCACCCUUGGCAAUGUAAUUGAAUUUUUAAAAGUUUUCGCUACAAAUAAAAGCAUUUAUGUGCAUUUUCUU